CUUAAAACAGGCAGGAAACACUUGAAAUUUAAGGUCAAACAUACAAUAUUCUAGAACUUCAUUGACUAAAAUGGUAACUUAACCAAAUAAAAAGUAAAAAAAAUAAUUGAAGAUCAUUAAUAUACUUCCGACCCGCGCAAACGUAACGUAACUGGAACUUUUUGUUCAUCUCGUUCCAACAACUCUGCGAUGGCAACUUCCGAAUCAAAACCCCACGAUCAGCUUAUUCCCUUGCCGGAAUCUGAAUCGCAGCUCUCCGCUCUCAUUUUCGAUAUAUCACAACAGGCUCAAGGAGCUAUGGAGAGCAUGCUUAGAAUGAUCAGUGAAAUUGAUCAAAACGCUGUUGGAAUUGUGGAAGACAUAGAAAAGUGCAGGGGUUCUGCUCUUGACAGGAAGGGAGUGUUAGAGGAAGAGAAACAACAAUUUCAACAAGCUGCUUACACUGUUUUAGACAUGCUCAACAACGGAGAGGGAACGCUGAAAGCUGUUAUAAAUCUAGGGAGGAAAUUUUCUUGAGCAUGAAGUAUGGGUUUCAGAGUUUUACUAGAGCUUGAAGAAUCAACUUGUAAAGAUUGUCAGGCGUUAUGAUUUAUGAAUCAAUGGGAUAUUAUCUUCUGUUGCAUGGUGCAUACAAUACACUAUUUUUGCUUAGUCUACAAUUACUACAGAACAGAUCCUCAUUUAAUCCUCUUCUGUUAUCUUGCUUUCAGUUCUUGGUUUUUUAAAAUUCAGGCUAUGCACUGCUUGCACUUUGUCUGAAUAUCCUUUAAUUGCCAACCACACUAUCACUUCAAAGCUACAUAAGUUUUCUUAAAGAUACUGAGAGUCCAAUUUGAUACUUAUUUAAAACGAGUUAUAGUUUUGUGCUUUAGUUUUUGAGGAUGGUGAUUGCUGAGCCAAAGCUCUCUUUCUUCACUCUGGACCUUCUAACUAUUUAAGUUCUUUUGCCACCAACUUUAUUAAGAGUCUGAAACUAUUUUUAACUGCUCAGAGUGACCUUACUUGAAUAGGAUAGAAUAUGUUCUAUAGUCUGUAUACCAUGUCUUUGAGUUCAUAAAUUUUUCAUCGUCUAACUUUAUCCUGUCAGAAUACGUAAUUUGGGCAAUGAAUGGUUAUAAUUUCUUGCUGCAUAUGAUGUAAUGCAUAGAGAUAGGCCAUAAACUCUUAAACUCAACUAUGAACUUCUCUA